UUCUCUUCUUCCUCCUUCUUCUCCUCCUCCUCCUCCUCUUCCUUCUCUUCUUUCUCCUUCUCCUCCACCUCCUCCUCCUCCUCCUACUCCUCCUUCUCCUCCUGCUCCUCCUCUUCCUUCUUCUCUUCCUCUUUCUCUUCUUCGUCCUAUUCAUACUCCUCUUUUACCCUUUUUUCGCCUCCUCCAGCUCCUUCACCUCUCUCUCCUCCUCCUUCUCUUUUUCCUCCUCCUCUUCUUUCUCCUUCUCCUCCACCUCCUCCUCCUUUUGCUCCUACUCCUCCUUCUCCUCCUCCUCCUCUUCCUCCUUCUCUUCCUCUUUGUCUUCUUCGUCCUAUUCAUAGUCCUCUUUUACCCUUUUUCGCCUCUUUCAGCUCCUUCACCUCUUUCUCCUCCUCCUUCUCUUUUUCCUCCUCCUCCUCCUUCUCCUACUUCUCUUCCUUCUCCUUCUCUUCCUCCUUCUUCUUCUCCUCGUGCUCCUUCUCCUCCUCUUUCUCCUCGUGCUCCUUCUCCUCCUCUUUCUCCUCGUGCUCCUCCUCCUCUUCCUCCUUCUCUUCCUCUUUUUCUACUUCGUCCUUUUCUUCGCCUCAUCCAGCUCCUUCACCUCUUUCUCCUCCUCCUUUUCCUCGAUUUUAUCCGCCAACCAAGGCGAGAUCCUUCUUAAUUUUUUGCACUCCUUUCAGUCCACAUGUCUUUCUAUGCCUGGUCAUGUCGAUACGUCUGUCUCGAUGA